UUCCUCUCUCUCUCUCUCUCUCUCUCUCUCUCUCUCUCUCUCUCUCCAUCAUGCAGCACUCAGGAAUGGAGCUGCUGUUACCGGUGGAUAACCUGCACGUAAACGGGGACGCGGCAGAGCACGCGGAGUGCGAUCCUGCAAAGAAAAAGAGAAAGAAAAAGAGGAGGAAGAGCAAAGCUGCGGUUUGGGCAGGACAAGCUGAACUGGGGGAGGACGGCGUUGUCGAGGACACGAGGAAGUCACUGGAGCAGCAGAGCUUGGAGGAAAGAGAGCGAGACGAGAACGGGGAAGAAGAUGGUGAUGAUGGAGACAAUUCUGCUGGGAAAAAAAAGAAGAAGAAGACGAAGAAAAAGUGUGGCCCCAAAACACAGACUGAUCCUCCUACUGUGCCGAUAUGUGAGCUUUACCCAAAUGGACUGUUUCCUGUCGGAGAGGAGUUGGAAUAUCCUUCCUCUCAGGAUGGGCGUAGUGAUGUGUGGCGGAUGAGCAGCGAGGAGAAGCGCAUCCUGGACGAAGCCAGGGAGGACAUGUGGAACGAUUUUCGGCUGGCCGCAGAGGCGCAUCGGCAGGUACGGCUGUACGUGAAGAGCUGGAUUAAACCGGGCCUGACCAUGAUCGACAUCUGUGAGCGACUGGAGGAGUGCAGUAGGAGGCUGAUUAAGGAGAAUGGACUGCAAGCAGGUUUGGCUUUUCCCACCGGCUGCUCUCUCAACAACUGCGCUGCUCAUUACACACCCAACGCCGGAGACGGCACCGUGCUGAAGUACGACGAUGUGUGCAAGAUAGACUUUGGCACACACAUCAACGGGAGGAUUAUUGACUGUGCCUUUACUGUCAUUUUUAAUCCAAAGUAUGAUCCCCUGCUUGAGGCUGUAAAAGAUGCUACCAACACUGGAAUCAAGUGUGCAGGUAUUGAUGUGCGUCUCUGCGAUGUUGGAGAGUCCAUUCAGGAAGUGAUGGAGUCAUACGAGGUGGAAUUAGAUGGGAAAACAUAUCAAGUAAAGCCAAUCCGCAACCUGAAUGGUCACUCAAUUAGUCAAUACCGGAUUCAUGCUGGCAAAACAGUUCCUAUUGUAAAGGGUGGUGAAGCCACCAGAAUGGAGGAAGGUGAGGUGUAUGCUAUUGAGACAUUUGGUAGUACAGGGAAGGGAGUUGUCCAUGAUGACAUGGACUGUUCACACUACAUGAAGAACUUUGACGUAGGACACGUCCCAAUCAGGCUACCAAGAGCCAAACACUUGUUGAACGUAGUGAACGAGAACUUCGGCACGCUGGCGUUUUGUCGCCGCUGGCUGGACCGGCUGGGCGAGAGCAAGUAUCUUAUGGCACUGAAGAACCUAUGUGACCUGGGCAUCAUCGACCCCUACCCGCCGCUUUGUGAUGCCAAGGGCUCUUACACAGCUCAAUAUGAGCAUACCAUUCUGCUCAGGCCCACGUGCAAGGAGGUGGUGAGCAGAGGAGAUGACUACUGACUGUACAAAAGAAACUACACAGUCCGAAAGGGACACACGCUAAUACGCACACUAAUAGUAGGAAAAUUUAACUAACUGGCUAAAGAGACGGAUGCUGCAACAUUUCGCAUGAAAAGCUAUAUGAAUUAUACAUUCUAAACUAUGCAGGAAAACAAACGAGGCUUUUGUAGCUGCUGUCCUGGGCCUUGUUUUUCUAAAUGCUCAGAUCUUUAUAGGACAAAUCAGUUAUCUCAUUCAAACAGUUGAGCAUUUAAGGGUUAAAGGCCUUGCUCAAGGGGGCCCAGCAGUGGCAGCUUAGUGGUGGUGGGAUUUGAAAUCACAACAUCUUAGCCUCUGAGUUACCCCCUUCCCUUCGAACCAUGCUUACUUUAUUUAAAAUCCAAUUCCUCUGGUGGUGUACAGAGGCAAAAGUAAUGUGAGUGAACAUGGAUUUGAGGCAUUCGUGCAGAAUUGCGCACACAACCACGUUUUCUGAUGCCACAUAAAUGGACGUUCAUUCGUUCUUGUUCUGUUUAUGUAAGACAUAAGUCUUACAUAAACAGAACAAGAACGAAUGAACAUUCAUACUCAAUAAUCAAUAUCAAUAAUUUACUAAUAACUUUAAAUGAAAAAGUGAAAUAACUAAGAAUUAUUCAGAUACAAAAGUGUUUUUGCAAACAAAUGCAGACCGAGUUCAGUCACAGUGCUCCUGAAUUCUCCAUUGAGAAUUGGUCAGAAGUUGUUGAACAGUGUAUUAGCACUGAUCAGAACUUUCUCUAACAGCAGGUUUAUAUUUUAGCUAUAGCACGAGAUAUUAUUCAACCCGAAUUCCAGUAAAGUUGGGGAAAAUGUAAAACGUAAACUAAAACAAAAUGCAAUUAUUUUUGUUUAUCCAUAAUUUUCAAAUUUCAAUUUACCUGACGACAGACCAGAUUUUAAACGAGAUGAAGAUGAAGAUGAUGGCGGCAUUUCUGGAUCAUGUUCCCACAUGCCGCCUUCUUUGCAUGAUAGAGAUUUAACCCAUGUUUGUGGAUAAAAUGGCAAAUUGUGUUGACAGGCAGUGAUUGUGCAGAGAUUGGGGGGUAAUGCUCAUGUCUAGCUGUGGGAAAUUGGCAAAGGUGGAUAAAACAAAACACGCCGAAGGCCAUAAAAGUCAAUAAAGUGGAAAUAAAAUGAAUGUUUUUAAGUUUUUAUUCUUUCUGUACCAAAUGAUUCACAGCCUGGAACCACUCCAAGGUCUGGUGGUUGAAAACCCCUGCUGUAGAUGAGAUUGGUGAAGCUUUGCCCAGCUACACUUCUGAGAUACUCCACCGCAAUAAGAUACACUAUUCAUACCCAUUCAAGCCAUUUAACAUAAUUAGCUGCAAAAUGUUCCUUUAGCUGUUUCUUUUUAAUAACACUUGCUUUUUCAGCCAUUUGUUGCCCCGUCCCAACUUUUUUGAGAUGUGUUGCAGCCAUCUAAUUCGAAAUGACCUUGGAAUUUUCUGUCAUUUUACAUUUCCUCAAUUUAAACAUUUAAUAUUUUUCUAUGUUCUAUUGUGAAUAAAAUAUUGGGUUAUUGAGAUUUGCAAAUAAUUUUGUUUUUAUUUACAUUUCUACCAACUUUUUUUGAAUUGGGGUUAUAAUAAUGUAAUAUCUCGCUAGACUUUAGCUAAAAUGAAUUAAUGUAGAGUAUUUCUUGCAAAUUUAUUUUUUAAAUAUUUGAUCCCAUAUCAAGAUGCACAACCUACUGUUUAGUCUCUAUGCAAGAAUCACUUAAAUUCUCCUUAAGGAUACAGUGCUUUGGGGAAACAAGGCCCAGUCAGGAUCUAAAUUUUUAGAUACUGACAGCAAACAGCUUUCAAAUCAGGUUCUGGAAAUCUUGUAAUCAUACUAUUUACUUGGGUUUUUUUCAUAUCCGAAGUAUUUUUAUUCAAAUGAUAAAGGGCUUUUUGGAUUUUAUGGAUAUGGCAUGUGAAAAUCUGAGUGGAAUUUAAAAAAAGCUUUUAUCUAUUCCUUCUUAGUGCCUAGCAAUAAAUGAGAAAUAAUUGAGGUUAAAAGAGUAUGGCUGCUUGGCUUCACAUGGCAUGACGAUCUGCUACACACAUUUAGGAUACGUUGGUAUCUACAAUCUCUAGACUUGUAAACUCCAUGUUUUGAGUUGAAAUGUUUUUUUUGUAAGUCAGUUGAAUACCUAUAUUCAUUUACCAGAUCUGUGCAUGUUUUCAUAAUUAUUCCUUCACAGACUAAAUUCUUAUCUACUGUCAUGUAUAAGCUUAUUAGACAUGUAUGCUUAGUGGAGUUUAUUGGUUAGUCAUCAAUCUAACUGUCCAUAUGUUUAAGCCUGGAAUUGUUUCUUUUUAGGUAACCCCAGCCUCCAAAUACCUCAAUCCCUUUACAGAGUCUGUCAAAACUAUAGAAACAUCUGGUCUUCAUGGUUAUUGAGAGACACACGUUUGUCCUUUUUUUUUAUAUGCAAAAAAACUAGCUAAUGUCAAGGUAGGAAGAUUUACUGUAUUUUCAUUGAAAAAUCCUCUCUUAGCAUUAAUAACUGCUUUACACACUUUUAGCAUCUGGAAAUACCUUGCUGUGCCUCUUAUAAAACCUGCCAAAGGUGUUCUUUACUAGUUAUAGAUUUCUUUCUGAUCUUGAGAUCCAGUUUAUCCCAGAGCAGUUUACUGUAAUAGGAUUUAGGUGUGGUGACUGGGCAGGACAUUCCAUGAUAGAUGACACUCCAGUCAACAUUUUGCUCACUAAUUGAUACUUACAGUUCUCAGGCAUACUGUAAGCUUCAUGUCAUGUCUUUGUAUGGUGAAUUCAGUUCCAAUGAGCCGCAGUCCAGACAGAAUUGUGUGGCGUUGUAGUAUGGAAUGGUAGCCAUGUUGGUUCAGUAUCCCUUUCACCAUUUGUCCAAGUAUAUAAUGAGUUUGCAAUAAGUUUUCCAAAUAUAAGCAGAAAUGGAAUAUGGCUAAAAGAUAUAUAUAAAAGUGGAAAAUGACUUAGCUACAAGUAUUUUAUUUAGAGUUUGACCGAAACAGAUAGCUUGGUUAGAUCAUACUUGCUAAAUUUGAAUAGAUAUUGAAGAAAAUAAAAGACAUGCAUUUAAACUUAAAACAAAAAGUAACACUAAAUAAAUGAAAACAGUUACAUGCAAAAUUAAUAAAAUGUCACUUCAAAUAUCAGCAUGUGGUGUCAGUGAUUUACCUCUAGAGGCCGCUCUUGUUCUUUAUAGUGCAACCCGGAAAAACUAUUGGUAUGUAUUUUUUCUCAUAAACGAUAGUUUCAGCAAUCAACUAUCGGUGCUGAUUAUUUGGCAAAACCAAUGUAUUGGUCGAAUUCUAAUUUUAUCCAAAACCUACUGUUAUUGCCUAAGGUGACAGUUAAACUGUUAAAUUGCCUAGUUGGUCGCAUAUAAACAGAACUAACAUGCAUGUGUCUCUUAAAAACAAUAAAAGACAAUGUUUCCACAAUUUCUGUUUGCUUUGGAUAAAUAUCUCUCCUGUUUAAAAAUCAGCCAUUUCUCUGAACCAGUGCUAAUAAUGUAAACACAUGUUAGGGCAUUAACAAGUAGACAUUGCUUGGUGUAGCAGACACUAUAUGGCUAAAGGUUUGGACACCUGACUAUGGCUCUUGUUCAUGGAUUUUCCUCUGUUGCCACAAAUGUAAAAGCCCCCGAUUGUAUCGAAUGCCUUUAUAUACUGUAGGAUUACAAUUUCCCAUUCACUGAAACUAAGAGGCCCAAAUCAGAGGAAUUGAAUCAGAGGAACUCACUCUGAAACCCAAAUCUCCUCACACAUCGUCACUCCCUGCUUCUGUAGAAUUCAGUGGAAAGCCAUCCCAGAAGAAUAUAUACUGUAUGUAUAGCCCAUAUAGUGUAAAUGUUAGAGUUUCACAUAGACUCCUUUACACCUCUUUAGACAAGUGUUUCUAAAGUUUAGGUGGGUUCCUGUAAAAUCCCUUGUAUGAGUGAUGAAGCACCUUCAAAAUACAAUUUCCUGCUACUAAGACUUUCAAGAGAACCUGUAUCAUUUAACUUGGUACAUUUUCUCCAUAUAUAUGUUGUAUAAUACAAAUAAAUAUAAAAAUGUACAGACACAAACUGGUUGUUGGCUCUGCUUUUCAUUUCCUUUUACUCUCAGAUUCUUAAUCACUGUAAAUGUUGAAAUGUUAAACAGGAAAAUGCUCUGAGAAUAAUUUAGAAUGGUGUGUAAGUGCUUCAGAGGUCUCUCGUGUCUUUACAGUGGUUUCAAGGCACGUUCAAGUCAAACUGGGACUUUUAAUUUUCCAGGUAUAAAAAUGGAUGCUAGCGUAGCAGGACUACCAAAGUAGUAAAUGGCAAGUGUGUCCUUUUACUGAUGAGCGGCGUAGUGAUGAAGUGCACUGAUGACGAAGUGAAGCAGGCUGUCCUAGGAUGGUUUA